GACAAUAGGGAAUCCAAUUAUCCAAACACGGUAGAAGCUUUUGAAGCCAUGGCGACAGAACGGUGGCGCUUACAGAGUGGGCAAUACUUGGGAGAAGUUUCCGCCCUCUGUUUUCUCCGCUUACCCUCUCACAUCUCUUCUUUUCCUUUCCUCUUCGCGGGUUCUGGUUCUCAAUUACUGCUCUAUGACCUUGCGGCGGGAACUUUGAUACAGUCCUUUUGUGUGUUUCAAGGGAUUCGUGUGCAUGGAAUUUCUAGUACCUCUUUUGUUUCCACAAACUCUUCUCACUCAUCACGGCUUGUUUUUAGAAUCGCUGUGUUUGGCGAGAAGAGAGUAAAGUUGUUUAAUUUAGACGUUGGAAUGGCAUUGGAGCCUCAGAGUCAAUCCCGAGUGUGUGUUAGUUUGGUUUUGCUCCAUUCUCUGCCCAAGUUUAGUCACUGGGUCUUGGAUGUUUCCUUCCUCAAGAACUGUGUAACCUCGUCGCUUGAGGAAAGCGAUUUUCUUGCCAUAGGAUGUAGUGACAACACUGUCCGAAUCUGGGAUGUCUCUAGCUUAAGUUUUAUUCUUGAAGUGCAAUCUCCCGACAGGUGUCUUUUGUACUCCAUGCGUUUAUGGGGUGAGAAUCUUGAAAAACUCCAUAUUGCUUCUGGCACUAUCUAUAAUGAGGUUAUUAUUUGGAAAGUGGUUCCUGAACACGGGGGAUUGUCAUUGACUACUACAAAGGAAGAGGACUUGCUUUUGAGCAGUUCAUCUUCCAACAAUAUCUGUUUUCGAGUUCAACAAUACAGAGCUGUUCAUAUACAUAAACUCUCUGGACAUGAAGGUUCAAUAUUUCGCAUUGUAUGGUCCUCCGAUGGAUCUAAACUAGUUUCUGUAUCUGAUGAUCGUAGUGCUCGUAUAUGGACAUUUCACAUUCAACAAAAUGAUUCUGAUGACUGCGAGGCACAUGCUGCUGCCCAUGUGCUAUUUGGUCACAAUGCUCGGGUUUGGGACUGCUGUAUCUCUGAUACUUUAGUUGUCACUGCUGGUGAGGAUUGCACUUGUCGUAUAUGGGGGUUGGAUGGUCAACAAAUUGGAAUGAUCAAGGAACACAUAGGAAGAGGUGUAUGGCGAUGCUUGUAUGAUCCAAAUUCUUCACUUCUUGUCACUGCUGGGUUUGAUUCUGCAAUCAAAGUGUAUCAACUGCAAGCGUCUUUAGGGGGGAGAGUGGAUGAACAUGCGGAGGCAAAGGAAUUCAUUGACAGAACAGAGCUAUUUACUAUUCGUAUCCCAAAUUCAUCUGAGCGUGUUGGACUCAUGGACAGCAAAAGUGAAUAUGUACGUUGCCUGCGGUUUACGUGUGAGGAUACCCUGUAUGUUAGCACGAACCUUGGAUAUCUGUACCAUGUUAAAUUAUCAGGCACUGAGAAUAUAAAAUGGACUGAACUUGUGCGGAUCAGCGAGGAGGUUCCCAUUAUUUGUAUGGAUUUAUUGUCUGGAAACUUGUCUGAGGACUCAUGUUAUCUUAUUGAUUGGGUUGCUCUGGGGGAUGGUAAAGGUAACAUGACAAUGGUUAAAAUUGUUACUGAUGCUUGCACUCCUCAAGUGAACUGCUGCUUUACAUGGCCAGCUGGAAGAGAGCGACAACUCUUGGGAACAUUUUGGUGCAAGUCAUUGGGAAAUAGGUACGUCUUUACUGCUGAUCCUGGAGGAGUUUUAAGGAUGUGGAGAUUAUUUGACUCCUCACUAUCCGUAGACACUAUUGUAAAACUUGACAAUGUGUUCCUUCUUGCUGAAUUCAAGUCCUGUUUUGGAACACGAGUGAUGUGCUUACAUGCAUCUGUUGACGAAGAGGUGCUGGUUUGUGGGGAUCUGCGUGGCAAUUUGAUUGUAUUUCCUUUAUCAAAGGGACUAUUGCAGGCCUCGCAUGAUCAGUCAGAAGUAAAGAUACCUCCUCUAACUUAUUUUAAAGGAGCUCAUGGGAUAUCAACUGUUGCCUCCAUUUCAGUUACUAAAUUGCACGCCAAUCAGACUGAAGUAUGCUCGACCGGAGGAGAUGGCUGUAUAUGUUAUUUUGAAUAUGACAGAGAUCACCAAAGUUUGGAAUUCGUAGGGAUGAAGCAAGUGAAAGAACUGAGUUUAAUUCAACGUUUCUGUGCUAAUAAAGACUCUGCUGAUGAUUUGGGGAGCAGCAAGUAUGCAGCUGGUUUUGCAUCUGCAGAUUUUAUGUUAUGGAACUUAACUACUGAGGCAAAGGUGGUGCAAAUUCCUUGUGGUGGAUGGCGGCGCCCUCACUCAUGUUACCUUGGUGAUGUACCAGAGAUGAAAAAUUGCUUUGCAUAUGUUAAAGAUGAAACCAUCAAUAUUCGUAGACACUGGGAACGAGAAAGUGAAAGGGGAUUAUUCCCCCAGAAUCUGCAUAUGCAGUUUCAUGGCAGGGAGAUGCAUUCCUUAUGCUUUAUCUGCAAUAAUUUGCAAGUUGGAUCUAAUGGAAGGCAGAGUCACGCAAAUAAAUCUAGUUGUGUUGCAACUGGGUGUGAAGAUGGAACAGUGAGGUUGACUAGGUAUUCUUCUGGAGUUGAGAGUUGGUCUUCUUCAAAAUUGCUUGGGGAGCAUAUUGGUGGAUCAGCUGUAAGAUCGAUAUGCUCUGUGUCAAAGAUACACAUAAGUGCUUCUGAUUUGACUAAUUCGUCUGACAAGGAAAUUGAACAAAAUGCUACUUCAGGGGAAAUGAAAAAUCCAUUCUUACUGAUUUCAGUUGGUGCAAAGAGGGUCCUAACUUCUUGGCUCUUAAGAGACAGGAAGCAAGACAAUAAUGAAGAAUCACUUAUUGAGAAACAAAAUAAUGAACAAGGAACUGAGUGUAAGCCUUCCUCUGGUGUGUUGUCAUCAAUGUCAUUCCAGUGGCUUUCCUCUGACAUGCCAGCCAGAAGCAACACUACACGUGGGAAAGUAAAAAGUACAGAGAGAAUUGGGAGCACAAUGGAAAAUGGUACUGGGUUAAACAGCGAGGCAAAUUCUAGAUCAAUUUUAACUGAGAAGAGUGAGUCAGAGUCAAAAACCUACUUAGAUGGUAAACAUGAUGAUGACUGGAGAUACUUAGCCGUAACUGCUUUUCUUGUCAAGUGUGUUGGUUCCAGGUUAACCAUAUGCUUUAUUGUUGUCGCUUGUUCAGAUGCUACACUCACGUUACGAGCUCUCAUUUUACCUCACCGCUUAUGGUUUGAUGUGGCUUUGUUGAUUCCUCUAUCAUGCCCAGUUUUCGCGUUGCAGCAUAUAAUCAUUCCUAUUUGUCCGCCUUCUGAAACUGCAGAGAAGAGCCAAUCUGGAAAUGUUUAUAUUGUGAUUAGCGGGGCUACUGAUGGAAGUAUUGCUUUCUGGGAUCUGACUGAGAGCAUUGAAGCUUUUGUGGGGCGGUUGUCAACUCUCAAACUGGAAGAACUCAAAGAUUGUCGAAUACGGCCACGCACAGGAAGAGGAAGUCAGGGUGGACGGUGGUGGAGAUCAUUGACUAGUAGCAUUUCUAAGAAAGAAUCAGGUGGUACUACAGUCACAGCAAAAGCUGGGCAUGGAAGUAAUUUCACUUCAGUAGACCAUGCUAUGAAGCAAGCAUCAAGAACCCAAAAAAGUGCAGAAACUAGGGAAACAGUUUGUUCUCAAGCUAUGGCUAAUGGUUCCCUUGAAUUAGGAGUGGAUGCUGUUGAUUCGUCAGCAGGGAUAUGCGAAUUGCAGCCAUUGUUUGUUUUGAAGAAUGUUCACCAGUCAGGUGUCAAUUGUCUACACGUUUCAGGUUUACUGGACUGCCAAAGCUCUGACAGUGAUUUCCUCUUCAAUAUAAUCAGUGGUGGUGAUGAUCAAGCUCUUCACUGUCUUAGCUUUGGUUUUUCACUGCUUGAAGCAGUCCCAGAUUCUAAGAUUAUGAUACCGGAUAAUAUAAAUUUAUUGGUUAAAUCUGCAACCAUAAAGAACCGGGUAGAUUUCAAUCAAAACCAGAUCCAGAAUUACAGGAUCAAACUUAUACAUCAUGACAAGAUCGCCUCAGCUCACAGUUCUGCUAUAAAAGGUGUUUGGACAGAUGGAACAUGGGUGUUUUCUACUGGUCUUGAUCAGCGCAUAAGAUGCUGGAGUCUGGGGGAGCAUGGAAUAGUUACUGAGCAUUCUCAUAUAGUCAUUAGUGUACCAGAGCCAGAAGCAUUGGAUGCGAGAGCUUGUGACAGGAAUUGUUAUCAGAUAGCAGUGGCUGGAAGAGGGAUGCAAAUGGUUGACUUUUCUGCAACCUGACGAAUAUAGAGGAGCCAGUGAAGUUGUUUUUGGAAAUUCUCUGGUGUACAUUUCAGAUAUUGGCAGGGAUGCCAAUUGUUUCAUCAUCGCAGGAUCCACAAGAGUAUUCUCUUUGAAUAAUAUGAUGAAUGGUAGAACUUAUCAUUGCAACCUGAAGAUCAAGAGUUAUAAGGUAUUGGAACACAGAGAUUUUGCACUUUUGGUCAAUAUGUUUUACUUCCCUGGGUGUUCAUUUGUGAUCCUAACUGUGCCAACUCUGUUAAACUUUCACUAUUCUUGUCAUGUCCUCUCCCUGUCAGGGUGCAAGACUGCAUAUUGAAGUGAGAAAACAGUGUUGUGUGCUUUAACUGCAGUAGAUUUUUUAAAUUUGUGACAACAGUAUAAUUAAAAAGAGCUUAGUCUUGCCUCUUUUUUU